AUCAACCUGCGCCCGCUGGACGCCACCACCGUCACCAUUUCAGUGGACGAGACCACCACCCUGGCCGACGUCGACCACCUGCUGGCGGUGCUCAACGGCGGCAAGACUCCCGGAUUCAGCGCAGAGGGGCUGGCGCCGGGCGUGGCGGCCGGCGUGCCCGGCUUUGAGCGCUCCUCGCCCUUCCUCACACAUCCCGUCUUCAACUCCUACCACACCGAGCACGAGCUGCUGCGCUACCUGAAGCGCCUGGAGAACAAAGACCUGUCUCUGUGCCACUCCAUGAUCGCCCUCGGCUCAUGCACCAUGAAGCUUAAUGCCACCUCGGAGAUGAUCCCCAUCACCUGGCCCGAGCUGGCCAACAUCCACCCCUUUGCGCCCAUGGACCAGGUGCAAGGCUACCAGGAGAUGUUCAACGAUCUGGCACAGCAGCUGGCCACCAUCACCGGCUUUGACGCCGUCAGCCUGCAGCCCAACUCAGGCGCCAGCGGCGAGUAUGCGGGCCUGAUGGCCAUCCGCGCCUACCACCAGUCCCGCGGGGACCACCACCGCGACGUGUGCAUCAUUCCCGUGUCGGCCCACGGCACCAACCCGGCCUCAGCUGUGAUGGCGGGCAUGACCAUCGUUCCUGUGGGCGUGGAUGCCAAGGGCAACAUCAACAUCGCCGAGCUGAAGCAAAAGGCGGAGCAGCACAAGUGA